AUGAGCAGUGAAAGAGUUGAGUCGUUUCUUCGUCGUCUUCAGGAGACGCAGCGCGAUGCAUACCUCAGGAAACGUGAGGUUUUCGGUGACGCAGAAUCACCGUUCCUGACGGAUUCUGUCGACUGGCAUAAGUAUGUAAAGUGUUUGCGCCAGAAGUACGGCGACGGAUGCUACAAAGCGCUGUGCAUCGUUAAGGAGGCGUUUGACAAAUGUCCUACAAAAGCAGUGUCGAAAUUUCUGGCCGUCGACGGUUCGAUGCACUGCCUGGUAGGAUUGUUGACAACGCCGAUGACGGAGCCGAGGGUGCAGCUGAAGGUGGCUGAGUGUUUGGUUUCGAUGACGCUUGCCGACUCGAACUGCUGCUUGUUGUUAUGCAAAGCGUUCUCGCCUUACCUCGGAGUUUUGAUGAGUUCGAAAGUGCCCGCUUUGGAGUGGAGGCUUCUGACAGCUGCCGGUAACCUGUGCAUGGACGUGGAUGCAAACUGCGUUAGAAUUUUGUGGAAGCAAGGCAUCUUCGUAGCCAUGUCGAAGUUUCUGGAUCGCGACGAUGACUUUCUGAAAGAAUCUGUCCUCUUUGCUUUUCAAGCUCUUGUCCAAAAACAGAUCGAUGAUCUGAACGAACAGCUGGCCGCUGAUCGAGCCCUAAUGUCCCGACUUUACGAUGUAUUCGAUCGCGCAUCGCCAUCCAGCGACCUGUGUCACUUGUCUUCCAUCAUCUUGUUUCGUCUUGCCUAUUGGGAAACCAUGCCACGGGACGCUGAUCGCUCACUGAAGCUAAUUAUGAAGCUCGACCAAGCGCUGCAUUGCGAUCCUUUGCCUGUCAGGGUUGUGAUUCCGGUUGUUCGAAGCAUAUCUAUCGCUUUUGCGAGAAGAACUGAGUGGCCAAGUACCCUAGCUGUGAUGUUCGCCCAGAUCACUUCCAAACUGCUCGGCUCGAAGUUCGUCCCAUUGCGAAGCGAGACAUUGUGGACACUGUGCAACUUUGCGUUUUCUUCUUUGCUUCACUGCGAAGCGUUUUUACCUCAGGUGUCUGAUCUGCUCGUUUCUAUUAUGGAAGUUGUGAACUUGUCUAACUCUUUAGAGGUCGCCGAACUGACCUCAACCAUAAUAACAAAUUUGACGUUGUUUCUUUCUGAACGAAUCACCAAUGAAAAUGCGUAUUUGCUUCUCAGAUGUGCCGCUGAAAACCUGAGCAAUCGAAUGCGAACGUCUUGA